AACUCAAUUUUAGAGGGCCUCUCUCUCUCUCUCUCUCUCUCUCUCUCUGGUUUCUAUCUUCUCUCUCUUCUCUCUCUUCUCUCUCAAUUCUCUCUCCUCUCUCCUCUCUCCUCUCUCUCCAGAAGGAAAAAAACCUAAAAGAGCUGUUUACCCACAACUUUAAUGGACGAAGACAGCCUGAGAAAUUGGGGUUACUAUGAACCUCCCCUUAAAGGGCAUCUCGGUCUCCAGCUCAUGUCUUCUGUGGCAGACCGAGACACAAAACCUUUCCUAUCCGGGCGUGAUAAUCCCGUAAUGGUUUCCGCUAAUGGUGCUUUCCAUCCCCGGGAUUGCAUGGUUACUGAACCGCCGGUCACACACAUGGACUAUGUGAGAGAUAGUUGGAUAAAUCACCGGGAAAAGUUCUUGCAUAUGUUCCCGGGAAACCCUUAUAAUCCUGUUCUUGCCGAGCCUUCUGGAACCCAUCAUUCCAUGACGAUGGUGCACCAACCUGACACCACGAAAGAGACAAGACCAAGCAUGGAAGACCCAAAUGUUAAGAAGGAAGGUGGUGGCCCUGCCAAAAAGAGACAAGCUGCUGCAACCCCAAAAACUCCAAAAGGUAAAAAGCCUAGAAAAGGUCCGGCUCCAAAGGAAAAUGGUAAUCCCUCAGUUCAACGUGCAAAAACAGCAAAGAAGAAUGUGGAAGUUGUUAUAAAUGGAAUCGACAUGGAUAUUACUGGCAUACCGAUUCCUGUUUGCUCAUGUACUGGUACUCCCCAGCAGUGUUAUAGAUGGGGAUGUGGGGGUUGGCAGUCUGCUUGCUGCACCACAACUAUAUCGAUGUAUCCAUUGCCAAUGAGCACCAAAAGACGCGGGGCCAGAAUUGCUGGAAGAAAGAUGAGUCAGGGUGCUUUUAAGAAGGUCUUGGAAAAACUUGCCGCAGAAGGCUAUAACUUUGCUAACCCAAUUGACCUGAGGACUUACUGGGCAAAACACGGUACCAACAAGUUUGUGAUUAUCAGGUAGAUUGAACAUUCCGGGCAACCACAACUGGAUUGCCACCGCAUCUGGUCCGUUUUUCAUGUAUAUAUUCUGUGGCCUUUUGCAGUUAUCUGCUCGGUACUUUGUAGCCCUUGAACUUUCGUAUUCACGAUACGUGUUUGAAAUUCUUGACUAUUGUGGUCUCGCAAAUCCAUUAAUCAAUUCUCCUUUGUUUAUGUCAUAGGCUAGCAAUAUUUUCCUCUGGCCAUUGAGGAUAGGAUAAUGAAUUAUUCCUUUUAUUCUAGUCAAUGGAUGAUUUUGAGAUUAAUGUCUCCCUUUACGUGGU